AUGGAAAUCCAUUUGUCAGGAAACAUUCUGGACAAAGUUUCACACACUUGCAAAAUUAGGUUCCAGUAUUACAGUAAUUAUGUCAACCGUGCUCUACGCUGCAAGAUAUGCUUGAAGACUUUUAUUGCAUAUGAUCUAGGUUCUCAAGGUGCCGCUGAGAGACCCAAACAAAGUCAGCCUGGGGGUCAGAAGGUGCUUCCUAACCAAUCUAAUGUCAAGAGUCCUUUUGAGCAGAAAGAGCUUCCUAAACAAGGAACCUCGAAAAUGACUGCAAGCAGUGCUGGCUUUCCACCUACCCAAAUAGGAUCCCCACAGAGUCCAGAGAUAUGCAGAGGAAAGAUUGCUCCAGUGUUUGUGGAUAUAAGGACGAAACAGAAGGAUGAAAAGUACGAAAACCUAAUGGGUGGUAUGAGAGAAGGAGCUGCAAUGCCAAAGGUAGAUGGCGAAAGCAGGAAAAGGAGUUGGAAGCAGACAGUUGAAUCGAGUGUAAGCGAUGAUACUUCAGUCAGAGUCGAGACAAAUGAUGUGGGAGUUGAGAACAGAAACAAUCCACCUGCUGGACAAGGUACUGGACUUGAUGGCUAUGACGCUAGGAGAUCAUCUCAGCAUUGGCAGCAUGUUUCAAACAACAAAGGUGUUAUAGUUGAUGUGAAUGAUUUGGCAAGCCCUCUGAAGAAGGCAUGGUCUAACCGAUCAGCUGCAGAUAGUAAACCUCUGAAAAGAGCAUCGGCUCUCCAGUCAGCUGGAGAAAGUAAACCUCAGCUGAAAGAAGCUGUUGGUGGGGAUGAUCAAAAGCAUGCUGGUGUAACUAGGUCGUGCAGUAAUUCCGCGGAAAGGAUAAAUCAAAAUGGGAUGGGCCUUCAUGAAGGCGAUAUGCAGAAUAACAAGUCCAAAAUUUGGACAGCUAACAAACAGGCUAGACCACCCGCGGGUGGUGCAAAAAUAGUUGAACUUCUAGCUGAUUCUGUUUUAGAACCAGAUACAGUUCCUGAUAGUAAUCUCCCAGAGGGGUAUGAUUAUCCUGAUAGAGAGUUGCAUUCACGAACAAAGAGAUUUGGUGUCAGCAACUCCUUUGGAGGCUCCAAAAACCCAUCAUCUUUUUCAGAUGAUAAAGGUUUUGAAGAAAUAUUUUGUGAUUUUAAGGAGGACAGAUGUAUGGGAAAGUUUCAAGUACAUCAGGUAUGGGCUCUUUAUGGUCAAAAUAGUACAUUGCCAAGGACUUACGCUCUGAUUAAGAAGAUUGUUCCUGUCCCAUUCAAAUUGCAUGUAGCCCCUCUUGAAGCAUGUGCAGGGCCCCAUAAUGCUGCUCAGUCGGCUUGUGGAACGUUCAAAGUGAAUGAAGAAUAUCAAGUCUAUGCUUCCAGUUCAUUCUCCCAUGCGGUGAAAGCAGUAUGUAUUAAUAGGAACAGGUUUGAGAUCUAUCCAAGAGAUGGAGAGAUCUGGGCACUGUACAAGAACUGGAAAAAAUCAGGUUUGGAUCCAGACAAGUUUGAGUAUGAGAUAGUCGAGGUCUUCGCAAAUACAAAAGACCGGAUAGAAGUUUCAUUCAUGGUGCGUGUGCGUGGUUUCAAGUCAGUCUUUAGGUCUCCACAAAAAGAAAGAUCGCCUCCUGCUUUUCUAGAAAUAAAAAAAGAUGAGUUCGGGAUAUUCUCUCAUCAGAUCCCAGCAUUUCAGCUGAGUGGGGAAAAAGGAGGGGUUUUGAGAGGCUGCUGGGAGCUUGAUCCUGCUUCAGUACCGUCUUCUUUGUUAAGUUAUGCACCAGUUAGAAUGUAA